AUGUCUGAUCAAGUUGCCUUUGGUGCACGCCCGAGGGUUUCCGCCAACAGCUUUGCAAAUGGCUCCAACCAAAACUGCGGGAACGCGCUGGGCGACAUCCCCACCACCCGGGUGGCAGCACCUCCAGGAGGGAAGUCUUCGAUUUCUUUGGGCUGGGACCCAGCCCCAGCUCCAGCACGCGGCAAGGGAGCAAGCCGUGGCAGCCCGAGCCCUGAUGGGCCUGGUGCACCUGGUUUUGGUGGCGGGCGCCCUGAUGGCCCUGGCCCUAGCCCAGCACAAGUGCCGUGUGCAGGGCGUGCUCGCCCUCCGGACGAGGUUUAUGGAGUGAGGCCUCGUGAGAGUUCCAACAGCUAUGCCAGCGGGAACAGCCAAAAUACAGGCAAUGUCCUCACUGGGGUGUCCACCACCCGCGUGCUGCGGCCACCCGGAGGGCAUUCAGAGAUGAGCCUGGCUUGGGAUACAAGUUCAGCAAGUCAGUGCCCUCAAGCCCCUCAGCGGAGAGGUGUCGGUGCGAGCGGCGGCAAAGGCGAUGCUUUUGGGCAAAGGCUUCGGGUCUCCUCCAACUCCUAUGCCAACGGAGCUGAUCAGAACUGUGGGAAUGUGCUCUCUGACACUCCAACCACUCGAGUGUUGAAGCCGCCUGGUGGUGGUAGCAGCCUGAAUCUUGGCUGGUCUUGA